AUGGACCCAAACCACCCUGACAUCGCCCAACGAGCAAGCGAAGUAGCCCUCAAUUAUUCAGACUCUGGUACCAGUGACGACGAAAUGCUGGACGUUGAAUCUCCCAACACAGUAGCCGUGUCGUCUAACCACAACGGUGCGCUGCCAGCAAUUCCAAACACCCAUCCUGCGGUCCUACAGCAGACAGCUCAAGAAGCCCUUCUAUCCACUCCCGACCCAAAAGCAACAGCUACCCACAGAGACUCGGUACUGGAGGAGGAUGUCAUCAGACACGGCGGUAUGCUAGCGGACAGGCGUUCAUCCCAGGCUUCUGUCGGCCCCCUGGGCAAUAGUAUGCGGUCUAAUUCCCUCGCUUCAAACUUGAACUCUGUCACCUCCACACUGUCAAAUACAUCGCUCCACCCACCAAGCCAGCCAUUCGGGAGUUCCCCAAAUGGCCAUGCCCAAGAGAAUGACACAGUAACACUUGGCUUGCGACAAUUGACAAUUCCUCAAUCCAGAGGAGUUUCAAUGGACACGCUUCCUGCAUUACAGGCCAUUUCCCCAGCGCGUGAUGGAGCAGCUGCCUCUCCUAGCCAACAGCUACCCUCGUUCCGCCACAUGGACGAUAUAGCGCGAUCAGCAACAAGCGAUCAUGAGGCAACUCGAUCAAAUAGCUUCCCCCAUCGGCCUUCACUGUCUUCUGUAGGACACUCACCAACCUCCAUGGUCCGACAACUUUCCAUGAGCUCUCAUUCUCCAGCAGCACCUUUCCCCCCAAUGAGCGCAUCGUCUCCCAUGAGUGCCAGCGAACCACCUCAUCGUGGCGAUUUGUUCCUAAGAACCACAGGCGGGGGCGUCUUUAGUACUGAUGCACGGAGACCUUCACAAGCGGCAUCGGACACUGGUCAUUAUCCUGCCACAAUAUCAUCCGCUUCAACAAGUGAGAGCUACCAAAGCUCAGAUGGCCUCAGUCCUGGUACACAGCCAGCACCUAUCGAACAAAGGCCGCGACACAUGAGCUUAGACGGUGCACUUGCAUCGAGAGUGCUACCACCUCCGUUAGGCUCUGGUUUACAGCAUGGCAUUCCCUCACACGCCACCGGAUCAUUCAAAUGCGACUAUCCAGGCUGUGCUGCCGCUCCUUUCCAAACACAGUACCUUUUGAAUUCACAUACAAACGUGCAUUCGUCAAUUCGACCACACUAUUGUCCGGUGAAAGACUGUCCACGAGGUGAAGGCGGCAAAGGCUUCAAGCGGAAGAACGAAAUGAUACGACAUGGACUCGUACACCAAUCGCCGGGCUAUGUAUGCCCGUUCUGUCCAGACCGUGAACACAAGUAUCCAAGACCGGACAAUCUCCAGAGACACGUACGUGUACAUCAUCCAGAUAAAGACAAAGAUGAUCCCGAGCUGCGAGACGUGCUGGCCCAGCGUCCCGAAGGCGGCAGUCGUGGAAGGAGGCGGCGUGUGAGCGACUCUGGCCACUAA